AUGUACUGCCGAGAAGCCGAAAAGGACUUGCUGAUUACCAAGUACAAGGAGAAGUUCCUGGGUCCUCAGAGUCUGCAGGCUGUCGAGCAGCAAGUGCCGAACAGCGAAGUCCUUGCGGUAACGGAGGCCAAUGUGGCACAGAUGGACAUGGACCAUGAGACGGUCCCAGCUGCAGAGGAGGAUGCCGUGUCGUCCUACAGACUGAAAACCGUCAUGCUCUUGACGGUAGAUCUUCGACAUUUUGGAGUUUCACUCUGCAACCUUCCUGCUCUGACUUGCCAGGAGCCGGCGCGGCACCUCUUUCUGCUUGCCUACUUGUCGGCCCCUGUUGCCCCUCCGGCGCUGUCCAGUAUCGGUGAGCAACACGAAGAAGCCUUCGCCGCGACUCCGCCUGCACAAGACGGUUUGGAGUGGUCUGUGUUGGACAGACUUGCCGCCGAGUUGCACAAACAGGACAAUCAACGGGCCAGGCAAAGAGAGCUGGAGUUGAAGCAAAAGCUUCGGCAUGACCUCGACAGACAGAUGGCUGAUGAAAAGCUGAAGCAGGAGCGUGCCAAAGCCGAAGAGCAGCGCUAUCUUCAAAUUCAGAAAUCCCUCGGGCUGCUAAGGGCGAUGGAGCUGGAGGCUCGAGCUUCAGCCCGACUCCGCAAGAUAGAAGCGACGCAGAAAGACAGGGAUGGCCAGCUUGCUUUGAUAAGAUCCCAAAGAGACGAGGAAAAGCAACGACAGCAAGCCGAAAAGCAAGAGCUCCUGGACAGUUUACACCGUGACAUGCAACGGGAUCGGCAAGAUGCUGAGGACCGCCUCAAAGCGCGCCGAGAUCAAGUCCACAAGGACUUCGCAGAGACAGCGGAAGCAUCAAAGAUACGUAAGGCAAAAGCCGACGAGCUGGCAGUCCACGAGCAGCAGCAAGUCGAGGCCUACGAAAAGUUGAGAGCUCAUCGGGAAGAGAAGCGCCGAGAAGCAGCAGAGAAGGAAGCAGCACAGAGAAAGGAGAUCGAGAAAAACGCGGGUCUUCGAGCUAUGGCCAUGCAGAAAAUGGCUGACGACACAGAGCUGAAAGCAGCAGCAGAGCGGGCCGCAAAGGAGCUUGCAGCCGAGAGACAAGAACAGGCCACCCGUAAAAGGCUGGAAGACAUGAAGAAUCAGACGCAGGAGUACUUGCUGCAGCAGAUGAAGGAGAAGCAACUCAAGAAAGCAACAGAGGCAGAGAAAGCCAGGCAGCUCGCUUCUGCACAGGCAGCUGAGGCAAAACAACUCGAGGCUCAGGAACAAGAACGAAUGGCCCGCAAAAAGUGCUGCCGACCUAUUGAGGGUACUCUCUGCAGCAGGGCUCCAGUCCUGUCGCAUUGA